UGAAGAGCAAAUGAAAAGAAAAUUUCGUGCAAAAUGUUUGUUCCGAGCACUAGGUCGUUUAGUAAUGGCUAAUGCGUAUUGGUUGAUUGAAGGGGUAGAUCAUUAUGAAGGUUUAGAUGAUGUGAGACGGAGAGUUGAACAGGCAGUUCGAGGAAAGACUAAGAAAAAGCAAUUACUGAGUAUAAACGAUAAAGCACUAUUGAAUAAACCGGCAGAAGAAAGAACAGACCAAGAGAAAAAAUACAUAUUUCGUAUUAUUGGCGGACUUAAAUGUUUUAAGCGAUAUCCCAAUCAUGUCAAAAAGAAACUAGCCGCCGUAACAUAUUUCAAGUACUAUGGUCCAGGACGUACUAUAGUUCGCCAGCAUCACGAGGCUCAUGCUCUAUAUUUUAUUAUAAAUGGUGACGUGACUGUGAGUCAGCUCGUUUAUGAUGAACUGCUAAAGCAAUAUGUGUCAGUGGAUGUGGGGGUGAUGCACCCCGGUGAUAUGUUCGGUGAAGUUUCAUUGCUACACAACAUUCCGAGAACCGCCACAUGCAUAACAAAUGAUCAUUGUGAGGUGUUGGUUCUCAUGAAGGAAGACUUUAAGAAUGUUCUGCAAGCGUCCAUACAGAAGCAAUGGGACGAAGUCAGGCGUGCUAUGUCAGCUUUUACGUAUUUUGAUGCAUUGGACGAGGUAGCACGUCGUGAAGGUUGUAUUGUUGCAAAGAUGAAAUCAUAUGAACCGAAUGAAACACUCCUCGGGGACGGUGUGGGCGUUGCAAAUUUUGUAUAUUUCAUAUUGUCAGGACGAUGUCAAAUGAUUGAGUCUUUACAAGUGAUCGUAACGACGAGACUUGGCAAACAUUAUUAUGCCUUAUAUGAUCCUUUUGUACCAAAACCGGAAAGCGAGCAAGACUUUGACACGAAAUAUUUUGGCGCAUAUAAGAAUUUAAAUAAAGGAGAAGCAGAAUCGGACACCAUGGCCGAUGGUAAAGAACGUAGUCAAAGUGCUGAGGCCAAAAGAGAUUCCGGGAAAAGCAUAACGUUAGCGAGUACCUUAAAAAGAGAAAAUUCGUCGAGUGCUAUGAAAUUACCAACCAUUAAAGCCAAAAGUGAAAGAGAGCCCGAACGAUACAGUAGAGGGAGCGUUGAUUUCGAAAUUCCAGAACCUUCCACAUCUCAAGAACUGUUGCGUCCGUCCUUCCACAAGGAACAGCGGGAAUCAGUAAGACUAAGUAUCGUGCCUGAAGUGAUUGGACUGCAAGCUGGCAAGCCGGUGCCGUUGCAAAACCUCAAAACAUACUUCAUGCAGGUUUGCCAACUAAAUCCAGGUUCUAGUUUUGGCUUUGGUGAGAACAUGCGCGAUCGACGCAUAGUGGCCCUAACUCCCGUCAGUUGUAUGCUACUACCGAAGAUAUGGCUUCUUCAACGGAAUACUGCCAAUAUCUGGUCGAGAAUACAACACUAUUUAGAGAAAAAGAUACCGACAAAAAAACAACUCUUCAAAGAAUUUGUAUCUGCUAGGAGAUGGCAAGAAUUUCGAGAUCAGCUCGUAGAAGAUGUAAUUUCUCGCUCCAACGCUGUGAACUGGACCUCGGUGCAUGACGUUCCGUACUCCAUACGUAUGGAAGAAAUGCUUGAUAUUUAAAUUUAUAUUGUUAAUUGGUUAAUAAAGGAAUUUGUUUUU